AUGCAUUUUGCUUUUAUAUUAAAAUUUCUGGUAUUUCUGAAUUUCGAGACAUUGGAUGCUAUAACGAAUGGAAUCCGGGCAAAAAGCGUCUCGGAAUUCCCGUUCGUUGCCCAUUUGGAGGUGUAUGUCGGAGCUGGAUCCUCAACUUGUGGUGCUUCGAUUAUGCAUGAAGAAUGGAUUCUGACGGCUGGGCAUUGUCUACAUAGCUUGACCUCAAACCCGGCUGAGGUUCUCGUAAGGGUUGGCGAUAUCGAUCCCCAAUCUCCAAGUAUGCAAACGAUCAAAGCCUCCGCCCUCCGUAUCCACCCUGACUACCAUUUCGAAGAGGACUACGCGAUCAAUGGAAAAUACGAAUUUGCGGUUAAUGAUAUUGCUCUCGUCAGGCUGUCUCGUCGUCUGGUUUUCUCGCGGAACAUCCGGCCGAUAGAAAUUGCGGAAAAUAACGAAAAGCUUAUAGGAGAAGGGGUUGAGUCGCAGGUCAUCGGAUGGGGAGGGACAAUUGGCUCCGAACACUCCGAAAAACUCUUGCACACAACAGUCUCCCUAUGGAGCUAUUUUCAUUGCACGCAGCAGUUUCCCGGAAAACUUCUAAAAACCGCAAUUUGUGGAUUCAAAAAAGGGAAUGGACCUUGUGAGGGGGAUUCCGGAAGUCCGCUUUUUGUCACUCGCAAUGACACCCGAAUCCAAAUCGGUGUUGUUUCCAGCGGACUCGAAAAUGAGUGUACUAAUGAAAACUAUGCUUUGGUUCCGCUCGAAUUAAACACGAUUCUAUCGGCCGAAAUAAUCGAUAACUGCACCAUAGCUUGUCUGCAGAGCUCGGAGCUGUGCAUUGGACUCUUUAUCGAGAAUGGGGAAAUUGCAACUGAUGGAAUCUGGAGUGAGUGGAGCCCAUUUUCUGACUGCUCGACGACCUGUGGCAUGUACGGUACCGCUACUCGAAAUCGGACUUGCCCCCCAGAUUCGGAAGCUCGUGGCUAUGAUUGCAUAGGAAGCUCCAUCAACGUGGUAGCCUGCCCAUCUACACUUUGCAUGGGAAUGAGCCGAUCGACGUGCUACCAUCCUUAUUACGAAAAAGCGCUCGUUCCCGGUACAAAAAGAUUCGGUUGUGCACAAACACCGAACACUACCGACCCGAGGCUCGAAGAA